AUGAGUGAAUUGUCUGAUUUGGAGAAAUUCAAUGCAUUCUUUAAUGAUGAUAUUGGAAGAUGUUUGAUAUCCUUUAUCAAAUCCCAGAACUGUCCAAAAAUAUACUUAAAUACUUUCAAUCAAAUCGAAGAAGAUGCUCGAAACAAUAAAUAUAAAGACACUUCAAAAUUAGCAGAUGACAUUAUACUAUUUUGCAAGAAUAUUGCUCAUAAUAUAGGUGAUUCACCAAUUUCGUAUGGCUUCCUUCAAUUUUCCAAAGGAAUUAAAGAAAAAUCACAGAAUCAAAACAAAAUACGCACACUAAAAGAUAUUUUAAAUGAUUUGGAUAGAGAAUUUAAUGAAUAUUGGAAUCUCCUUCCAGAUAGUUUACAAGAGCUUUAUAAUCUUCCAAGCCAAGAAGGAAACACCCUCCCUACAUAUGAUCCUGUCGUUGAACGUGUUCAAGGCGAGGUUUACAAUCAGGAAUGUAGAGAUUUUAUAUACAAAGGAAUCCUCGAGCUUAAAACAGACGACCAAAUACAAGGGCUAGUGGAAGUUCUAAAAAAGAACUGCGAAGUGGAAUCUCUCGCUUCAAUGGAUUAUACUAUUAAUUUCAAAGAUAUGAAUCCAAUAGCGGUUUCUCAACUUAAGAAAUAUCUAACAGAAGCUAAUAUGCCAAAAAACUCUUGA